CUUUUUCCUUCCCUGAACGCUUCGUGUUCCUGGAGCUUUAUCGGCCACUUCCAGCUGAUUGAUGACUUUCCGCCGGAGCUGCUGACGGGAAGCGAGCGGCGCAGCGGAGGAGGCCGAGCUUCAGGCCGCCAUGUCGUCCCAGAACGAAGAGCCGUCGCCCGCCUCGCUGUCGGCGCUGCUGGCCGCCGUCUCGGCCGCCAUGUCGGCCUCGGCGGACGCCAAGAAGGAUCUGACGGCGCUGCUGGGCGAGUGGGAGGUGGCGCAGCGAGGAGGCACCGAGCAGCUGGUGUCGGUUCUGACCAGGAUCUCGGAGCUGAUCGAGCGAGAGACGGCGGAGUACCACAAAGCAGAUCCUGACCCGUUCGACGACCGGCACCCAGGCCGGGCCGACCCAGACUGCAUGCUGGGCCAGCUGCUGAAGAUGCUGUUUGUCAACGACGACUUCACCAACGCGCUGUUGGAUUCGUACAUCAUGACCAGCAGAGAGCUGAGCCUGAACACGGCCGCCUGCCGCCUGCUGCAGAACAUCAUGCCGGGUCUGGAGACGUCGGCCGUCUUCCAGGAGAAGGAGGGUCUGGUGGAGAAGAUGUUCUGCUGGGCCCGCGAGGCCGAGCGGCCGCUCAGCGUCUACGCCACCGGACUGCUGGCCAGAGCCAUGAGCAACCAGGAGGUGGCAGCGAGCUACAGGGAACAGAACGCUCAGCUGGUACCGAUCAUGAUCCGACGUCUGCAGGAGCUGCAGGCCGAGCAGGCCGCAAGUCGCUCCAUCCAGAACCAACAGAACCAGCAGACCCUGCCUCAGGACUCUCAGGUGGAGCCGACCUCCAGCGUGAUGGAGGCUGACGCCGCCGCCGAGGACGGAGGCAGCAGGCCGAAGGUCAGACCUCCGCCUCUGAUCCGCUCGGCCCAGAAGAACGGCGGCUCGGCCCGGCUGCUGCCAGACUUUGUCUACCAGGCGAGUCCGGACCCGUCCUGUAGGGAGAGGGACGACCCACUGGGAGGCCGAGGAGGAGGGAGGAGGCGGACGGCAAAGGAGAGCGGCAGGAAGGCCACGCAGAAGCUGAACUUCACCUCCGGCCGGGCCGACGAGGCGGAGCGGACCGGAGAGGAGCCGGCCGGAACCAGCUCCUGGUCCCAGAUGAGCUCCGUGGUGAUCGGAUCCGACUACUGCCUGGAGCCGCUGAGCCCGGCCAUGGAGCAGAGGCUGGUGCUGCAGUACCUGACACCGCUAGGGGACUACCAGGAGCUGCUCGCCGUCUUCAUGCAACUCGACACUCGCUCGCUGCUGAUGAGCUACAUCGACCUGCGGCACACCGACAACGUGCAGCUGACCUUCGACGCCCUGCUGUACCUCGCCUCGCUGCUCCUCCACAAGAAGUUCGCCGCCGAGUUUAUCGCCCACGGCGGCGUGCAGAAGCUGCUGGAGAUCCCGAGGCCGUCGAUGGCGGCGACCGGCGUCUCCCUGUGCCUCUACUACCUGGCCUACAACCAGGACGCCAUGGAGAGGGUGUGCAUGCUGCCGGACGGCGUCCUCUCCGACACCGUGUCCUACGCCCUCUGGCUGCUGGAGUCAUCCCACGCGUCGGGCGUCUGCCACGCCACCAUGUUCUUCUCCAUCUCGUUCUCGUUCCGGGCGGUUCUGCAGCUCUUCGACCUCCAGGACGGCCUGCGGCGACUCGUCAACCUGGUCAGCACUCUGGAGAUCCUGAAGGCGGAGGCGGAGGCGUCCGUGAUGAGCGACGACCAGGUGUUCUCCAGCCGGCAGACGGCCAAACACACCUGCAUGGCUCUACGCAGGUACUUCGAGGCUCACCUGGCCGUGAAGACCGAGCAGGUGAAACAGUCGCUGCAGGCGUCGGACGGCGGCACCAUCGUCCCCCAGCAGCCAUUUUACAAAGCCUAUUCCUACAGCAGGGAGCAGAUCAUCGAGAUGAUGGAGUUCCUCAUCGAGUGUGGACCUCCUCAUCUGCGCUGGGAGCCGGUGGAGGUUUUCUACAAACUGUCCUGCGUUCCUCUGAUGCUGCAGCUCAUUUCCACGGCCUGCGACUGGAGGACGUACUACGGCAGGAGCGACACGGUGCGCUAUGCUCUGGACAUCCUGGCCGUCCUGACCGUGGUUCCUAAAGUCCAGCUGGUUCUGGCCGACACCGUGGCCGUCCUGGAUGAGAACCAGGCGCCUGUCUCCGCCGUGGGUAUGAGCAUCAUUCUGGGCGUGGCGGAGGGAGAGGUGUUCGUCAAUGACGCCGAGAUCCAGAAGUCGGCGCUGCAGGUGAUAACGAACUGCGUCUGCGCUCCGGACCAAAGCCUGAACACGGUGGCUGCCUUCCCCGUCACCCCCCUCCGGCCGGCCCUGCACCCCCAGCAGCCGCCCGCCCCCCACAACCGGGUUCUGGCCCACAUGUGGCGGGUGGUGCAGAACAACAACGGCAUCAAGGUCCUCCUGUCGCUGCUGUCGGUGAAGAUGCCCAUCACGGACGCUGACCUGAUCCGGGCUCUGGCCUGCAAAGCUCUGGUCGGACUCGCUCGCAGCACCGCCAUCAGGCAGAUCAUCAGCAAGCUGCCGCUCUUCACCAGCGGCCACAUCCAGCAGUCCGGCAAGCCCCUGCUGAUGGGGACGGACGUGUCGCUGGCCCGGCUGCAGAAGGCCAACGUGGUCGCCCAGUCCCGCAUCACCUUCUCCGAGCGCGAGCUGCUGAUGCUGAUCAGGAACCACCUGCUGGCCAAAGGGCUGCACUGCACCGCCAACAUGUUGGUCAGGGAGGCCAACCUGCCCCUCGCCACAAGCUCCGCCUCCUGUGUGACUCCACCCCCUCCCUCCCCGGUGCUAACCAGGACCUGCCGGCUAGCCGGCGGCAUCGCGGCUCGCGUGGCCGGCCACGUGGGGUCAUCUCCCGUGUCGUCCGCCGCCGCCGCGUCGGCUUCGUCGUGUCGGUCCUUCGUCAGUCCUUCGCCUUCAUCAGCCCUCCUUCCUCCUCCUCCUCCUCCUCCCCCCCCUCAGGGCUCGCCUCUGGUUGGUCGGAUUCUGUUCUCACGGGAACGCCAGCUGGCCAAUAGCAACUCAGGGAAAAAGCUGUGUGCACUGAAGCAGAAGGCUGACCACGGAGCCUUCAUACAGACUCCAGCCAUGAAGAAGCAGCUGGAGCGCCACCUGCCCUCCCCCCCGACCCUGGACAGCAUCAUCACCGAGUACCUGCGGGAGCAGCACGCCCGCUGCCCCAACCCGGUCACCACCUGCCCCCCGUUCUCCCUGUUCACGCCCCACCGCUGCCCCGAGCCCAAGCAGCGGCGUCAAGCUCCGCAGAACUUCACGGCCCGCCUGGGCAGCCGGGUGCUGUACCCCAAGUACGGCGGCGUGGACCGGGGCAGCCUGGACCGACACCUGAUAUUCAGCAGGUUUCGUCCGAUGUCGGUGUUCCACGAAGGCGACGGAGACGAGAGCGGCUUCACCUGCUGCGCCUUCUCGGCCCGCGAGCGCUUCCUCAUGCUGGGAACUCUGUCGGGCCGACUCAAGUUCUACAACGUGUUCUCCGGCGAGGAGGAGGCCAACUACACCUGCCACACCACGGCCAUCACUCACCUGGAGCCCUCCAGGGACGGGAAGCUGCUGCUGACCUCGGCCUCGUGGGGCGUCCCGCACUCGGCGCUGUGGAGCAUCGACGGCGUCUUCAGCAUGAAGAACUCGUUUGUGGACGAUCACUACGUGGAGUUCAGCAAACUGUCUCAGGACCGAGUCAUCGGAACCAAAGAACAAGUCGCACAUAUCUACGACGUCCAGACGGGCCAGCACACGCUGACGCUCAACGACCCCACGCUGGCCAACAACUACAAGAGGAACUGCGCCACCUUCAGCCCGACCGACGACCUGGUGCUGAGCGACGGCGUGCUGUGGGACGUCCGGGCGUCCAGGGCCAUCCACAAGUUCGACAAGUUCAACAUGAACCUGAGCGGCGUCUUCCAUCCCAACGGGCUGGAGGUCAUCAUCAACACGGAGAUCUGGGACCUGAGGACCUUCCACCUCCUUCACACGGUUCCUGCUCUGGACCAGUGCAGGCUGGUCUUCAACAGCAACGCCACCAUUAUGUACGGAGCCGUGCUGCAGGCCGACGACGAGGACGAUGCCAUGGACCAGCAGAUGAAGAGUCCCUUCGGCUCGUCCUUCAGGACCUUCGACGCUACAGACUACAAGCCCAUCGCCACGGUGGAUGUGAAGAGGAACAUCUUUGACCUGUGCACCGACACCAGGGACUGUUACCUGGCCGUCAUAGAGAACCAGGACACGGUGAGUCUGGACACGGUGUGCCGUCUGUACGAGGUGGGACGCCACAAGCUGGCCGAGGAGGGAGACGACGACGACCAGGACGAUGAGGACCAGGACGACGACGACGACUCGUCGGACACGGACGAUGACGAUGACGACGACCUGGACGCUGACCUGCUGCUGGACGAGCUGACCAACAACGACGAGCAGGACAACGAGGGCGGAGCCAACUCCCCGGCCAAUGACGCGGACGCAGAUGUUCUCGGCAGCAACAGCGACGACGGUGACAGCAGCGACGACGAGGACUCGGAGGAUUCAGACGACUCGGAGGACUCGGAUCAUUCAGACAGAAGCGACGAAGGAUCUGAUUCGCUGAACCCUGGAAACGUCGAGUUUUUCGGAGACGAGUCGGACGACGAGGAGCCGGCGCUGCUGCGGUGCCUCCGGGACCGCUGGUUCUCCUGACACCGCCCGGCCCGGAGCAGGAGCCUCAGCCACCAUGUGUUCAGUUUUUUCUAUUUAAAGUCUAAUUUGCUCCUUUAGGCCAGGCGGCUGUGAGCACACCUGGAGCAUCAGCACUCUCUCCAUAUAUAUUUUUAAAGCUGGAGAGAGACGAUGUGAAUAAAUAUUUCCAAAGAUUGUGAGUCUCAGAUGAAUCCGCUCACUGGACUUGUUUUAUUUUGGUUUUGGUUUUUUUUCUUCUUUGUGUUUCAGAGAACUUAUGAACGCUUUGGUUCUGAUUUCCUGUUGCUCCUGACGGGACACAGCGGCUGUUUUUAUCCUGUUUUCCUGUAAAGCUGUCAUUCAGGGACAAUCUCAGAUCCACACAUUCAUAUACAGUAUUUUCCAAAUGUACCUUUCAGCCAAAUGUUAAUAUAAAAGUGGAGAUCAACGUGGAA